UAUUCCGAGCAACUUUUUCUCUCCCGCCUUAUUAGUGAUCAAAAUGUCUGUUGUUUUACCGAGAUCACGUUCGCGAUCCAAAUCAAGAUCACGCUCAAGAUCCCGCUCGAGAUCAAGAUCCAAAAGUCCCAGCAGCAAGAUAGCAAAGGCAAAAAAACCAAGAGCAAAGAGAACAGCUCGACGUCCUGCUGCAGCACAUCCACCGUACAUUGACAUGGUCGUCACCGCCAUCACUGCGAUGAAGGAGCGAGGUGGUUCCUCGAGGCAGGCCAUUGAGAAAUACAUUAAAGCAAACAACAGAAUCACUGGAGAUCCAUCUCCGCAUCUAAAGAUGGCUUUGAAGCGCGGCGUGCAGACUGGCAAGCUGAUACACACCAAAGGCACUGGUGCUUCGGGAUCCUUUAAAGUUGGAAAAGUACCUGCCGCGCCAAGGAAGAAACCAGGGAAGAAGAAAGCAGUCACUAAAAAGCCAAGAAAAAAGGCUGGCACGCCUAAGAAGCGAACAACGAAAAAGACAACCGCUAAGAAAGCUACGAAGAAGAGGAAGAAGACUCCAACCAAGAAGGGAAAGUCUCCAGCCAAGAAGAUAACUGCAGCAAAGAAACCUAAAACAAAGACUGCUGCAAAGAAAAAGACAAAGAGCCCCAAAAAGCGAGCUACUCCUAAAAAGAAGACAGCCAAGAAGACCAAAGCCAAGACCAAGAAGUAGAAAGGAACAAAAAAAAUUAAAAAACGGCUUCUUUAGAAGCCACCAAAUAAAAAGAAAGAAAUGACCAACGAAAG